GGGAAUCGUAAUUCAAUCGCCAGAAACAACUUCAGAGAAAAAAAGAGAACAGAAUUAAUGUUAAUGGCGACGCAAAGAAAGGUAAGCUAUAUUUUAAAAUUCCUACACUGAAGAUUAAGCUUUCAAAAUCCGUCGUUUCUUGUCUAGUCAACUAAUAUCAUGCAUUGUUAAACAAACGGGUGGUGAGAUGCAAUAACCUAUAGUCGCUGAAGCAGGACGAUCUAAACCAUUCCGCAGAAAGGCUCUUGGAAGGAAGAGCCAGAGGUUGGGCCGGGCAGAAUCAAACUUUCUAAUUGAUGUUUUGGCCUAUUUCAAGCUAUUUCGUUUCUUCCUUGGGUGUCGAAUACCAUGAACAGGCUAUAUGAACGUUAACUAACUCGUUGCAAUUGUAUAACCUGACUUCAGAGGCGGUUCUUUGUGUUGCAGGUUGUAAAGUACACCAUUGCAGUUCUCUUAAUAACUGGCUUAUUGGUUGUGGAAAGCUCGCUUCAUAAAAACGCACCCAAGGUAUCGCCACACAGUAAUUUUUAGUGAAUCAUUAUAACUACAUUAAAUGGAGUAAAAAGUUUUAGGUAUAGGAUAACCCCUUUUGGGGGGUUACUUUAACUGCGGUCCUCGAUAUUAACUCCAAAUCUGGAGUGAUUUUUACUCCUGAAAACGAGUUCUUUAAACUCCUCUUGGAUAGAAUAACUCUACGGUAAGGAGUUAAAUUAACCCCACUGGAGGAAUUAUUAUAACUCCUUGAAAAUUACGUAUACUGUGCAUAAUUCGUACUGUAUUUUUAAAAUUGAAUGCAAACACAAACUUCGCCUGCUGAAGCCGAAUUUUUUUUGCUUGUCUCAGUGUUUAAUUGUUUUCAAUCUAUGCUUUUGUUUGAGCAAGUUCAAAGCUUAAGUCAUGAAGUUUUAGUUUUUUUUUUUACCCGGACGCAGGGUGUUGGCCCUGGCGUUGAAUGGGAGGAAAUCUAUUAUUUUUAAUAUUUCAAAAUAUAAAUGGAGAGUAGUUCAUUGUAGCAAGUGGACUGUCCAUACAAUAACGAAUGUUGUAGCCGCACCUUAGCCUACGAGUAGUCCCCAUUUUUCCUCAGGGAUGUAGAGCGAGCGAAACGCGAGCGCGCGUGAAAGUCACCCCAAGCGAGAAAGGCGAGAGGAGACGGUGAGAGAGAAACAUGGACGUCCCUCAUUUUUCUCUCUCCGCACCGCGUCUCGCCUUUCUCGCGUGAGGUGAUUUUCACGCGCGCUCGCGUUUCACUCGCUAUACCAUCCCUGAGGAAAAAUGGGGACUACUCGUAGUCUAGCCGCACCGUCACUCUGGUUUUGACGAAAAAGAUGAUUGAAGAACUUUGUAAAAUUCUUUUAUCGAACCUUUUCAGGGGGAAAGUGAAGCUAAACUCGAACAAAACGCCCGCCACUGGAUAGAUGCGCUUCUCGACAGAGUCGACCUCAAGCACUUAAAAGAUGAAGAAAAUUUGCAGUUGAAGAGACGAAUACAAGAAAUCCUUACAAAACGAAUUUAA